GCUCACCAGCCAGCUCUGACUCUGAGUCUGCCAUGGCAUCCACUCUUAGCCUAUUUUCCAAUUUUUGGCACAUUGCCCUUAAAAAGUUCAAGCUGAGUCCAUUGAAGGCGCAGGUCUGAUCGUCUGAGGCGCCAAUUGCAGGUCCUCCGAUCUUGUUCUUCCUCCAGAGACAAGCAUUUGGGACAAGUUUGCCUUUGUAGCUAUGGCGGAAGCGCGGGAUACUUGGCGCUCUGGGAAUGCGGGGCCUAGCCCGGAAGGCGCGGUUCCUGCCUUUAGGCCCAGCGCAAUGAGGGCGGCUCCGGGUUUGAAUAUGCGACCUGGGCCUGGCAAUGGGGUGCCUGCUGAGAAGAGGGAAGGAGAGGCAAAGGCAGAGCAGUCCGGGGAGGCGGAAUUGAGUUCAGAGGAGAGGCAAAGGCAGGCAGAGGAGAGGGAAAGGGCGGAGCGGCAGAGGGAGGAAGAGGAGAAGCAGAGGCGGAGCGAGGAGCUCAAGAAGGGGCUGCAUCCAUUGCAGGACUGCUACGUCUUCUGGUUCUCAAAGAGGGGUUCUGGGCCAGCGGCGCAGCGUACAGCAUACGAGGACACAAUCAAAAGGAUCUCGGAGUUCAGCACCGUAGAGGGCUUCUGGUGCACGUACUGCCACCUUCUGAAAGCGAACGCCCUGCCAAACUACACCGAUUAUCAUCUCUUCAAGAAAAGCAUUAGGCCGCUGUGGGAGGACGAUCGCAAUCGGGCUGGGGGCAAGUGGAUACUGCGGUUCAACAAGAAGCUGUCUGGUCGGUAUUGGGAGGAACUGGUGCUGGCCCUGAUAGGCGACCAGGUGGACUAUGCGGACUCAGUGUGUGGCGCCGUAUUGAGCUUGCGUAGUGGGGAGGACAUCAUCAGUGUCUGGAAUCGGGAUGCGUCCGAUCAGCAGGCGACGAUGCUACUGCGGGACUCCAUCAAGAAGCAUCUUCAGCUGCCCCCUAGUUACUUGAUGGAGUACAAACCGCACGACGCCUCUCUUAAGGACCACUCGUCAUUCAGGAACACUUGGUUGCGAGGAUGAUGCGACCCCCAUAUCUUGCAGUUUUUAAACGAGGAUCUGCUCAGUGUGGUCUCAAGUGGCUGUGAAGAUUGCGCCUUGCAAACCUUCACGGCGCACCAC